AUAGUUUCAAUGGCAUUCAAACGGAUAGCCAUACAUUUGCAUACUGUCAAUACUCUCCAUUUUUGCAGUGUACAGCACUGACCAAUAAAUAUAACAUAAUCAAAACUCGUUCCGUAGAACGGUAUAUCAGUGGGUAUUACACAGAACGUGAGGUUGGUUGGUGUUCGGUACUUGUUAGUUUAUUAUUGAGAAAAUGGUGAUUUGUUAAGCAAAUUAUAACAUUAAGCAAGAUGGUAUCAAAGUUGUUGACAGCAAUAACUCGAAAGAAAAAACUAGAUGCAGAAGAACCAAAAACAAACCUAGCAAGAGUGCUUUAUUUACUUGAUCUUGUAUUGUUAGGAGCUGGAUCUACCUUGGGUUUAGGAGUCUACAUUCUUGCAGGAUCAGUAGCGAAACUUUAUGCAGGUCCUGCAGUAUCCAUUUCAUUUUUAAUAGCAGCUGUUAUAUCAUUAUUUGGAGGUUUAUGCUAUGCUGAGUUUGCUGCAAGAGUUCCUCGGACUGGUUAUGCAUAUGCCUAUUGUUACGCGGGAGUUGGUGAAUUGGUAGCAUUUAUUGUAGGAUGGAAUCUACUCUUAGGAGCAGUACUAGGUGCUUCUAGUGUGGCAAGUGGAAUGAGCAGUUAUUUAGAUACUUUGGUAGAUAGAAAAAUAUCAACAACUUUAAGAUAUUGGUUUCCAAUGGAUCUUCCAUAUUUGGUCUCUUCACCCGAUUUUUUGGCGCUUGGAAUAAUUAUGUUACUCACAGUACUUUUAUCCGUUGGAAUGAAAGAAUCGUCAAUAUUCAAUAAUAUUUGUACCGCUUUAAACUUGUUCACCAUCUUGACAGUCAUAGUGGCAUGCACAAUCAAAGCGGAUAUCAAAAAUUGGAAAAUUGCAGUAGACCAAAUAGCACCGAAGUAUAAAGAAAAAGCAGGUAGUGGUGGAUUCUUUCCUUAUGGUAUAAGUGGUGUAAUAGCUGGAACUCCGAAUUGUUUCUAUGGUUUCACUGGCUUCGACGCUUCUGCGGGAUGCAGCGAGGAAGCUAAAAAUCCAAAAAGGGAUAUACCACUCGCUAUUCUGAUCACUUUAUUUUUAGUAUUUGUGGUUUACUUCACCAUCUCAACAGUUCUAACAUUGGCCUGGCCAUAUUAUCUACAGAGUGAAGAAGCACCCUUUACUUAUGUCUUUGAUCAAUUUGGUUGGGUAGAAGUGAAAUGGAUUGUAACCGCAGGAGCAGUUUUUGCGUUGUCUUCCAGUGUUUUUGGUUCUAUGUAUUUUGUUCCAAGAAUAUUCUACGCUAUGGCUGAAGAUGGAUUGAUUUUUAAAUUCUUAGCCAACGUUCAUCCCACUACCAAAACUCCUCUGGUAUCCACGGUUUUAUCAGGGAGUAUCGCAGGUAUACUUGCUGCAUUCUUAAAACUAGAAGCAUUAAUGGAUCUUAUGACGAUUGGAGCAUUUUUUUCUUAUAUUGUAGUAGCUGCCUCCGUCAUAGUCUUAAGAUAUGAAAAUAAGCAAACUGUAAUGGAAGUGGCAUCAGGGCAAGAUUUUUACGUACACAGUAAGCAGCAUUAUUUGGAAAGCCUAUUUAAUAUUAGUAAAAGUAAAGUUCCUACAAAAACCACAUCGAUUGUUGUAAAUAUAAGUGCGAUGUUCUUUACUAUUAUAAGUGCGGUAUUCUGCAUAAUAAUAAUCAAUGAUUCGUUCUUUUCUUCCAAAAAUAUGCAGUACAUAACUUGUUCAGCGGCUCUAUUACUAAUGAUUAUAAUAAUGUUGGUAAUAUUUAGGCAACCAGAAUCCGAAGCGAAGAUAUCGUUCAAGGUUCCAUUAGUACCCUUAAUACCAUGCCUUAGCAUAUUAUUUAACUUAUAUUUGAUGAUGCAGUUAAGUUUGUUUACGUGGAUGGGAUUUCUGGGCUGGAUUGGAAUAGGUUGCGUCGUCUACUUCUUUUAUGGAAUUAAACACAGCGUAUUAAAUAAAGAAGAAGGAAGUAGAGAAGAAGUCAAAAUUUAAUUAGGGAAUAAUUUGUAUUUACAUUAUAUGCGUUAUUCUAGUCAAAAGUAAUAGUCAUCGAAAAAUGAUAAAAGCAUUGAAAUUAGAUCAACGUUUACUUGUCAGAGUUAACUGUACACGGGAUAAUUUUCUUUUUUUAUCCUAAGUGUAUCAAACAUAACUUUUCACAAUAAAUAUAUAGUCUAUAGCUAAUACGUUUAACUGGCGAAGCAAAUUAUCUGACUGAAAGUAAUAACAAUAAGUCGUCACACACUCUUCUAUAAUAGAUAUUUACUAAAACAUAUCCGUUUAUACAGAAAUCGGUAUAAUACAACAAAUAUACAUUUUAAGAGAAAAAAAUGCAGCUUCAAAAUGAAUUUAUUAAAAAAAAUUACAAAAGGGAUUCGAAAAAGGAUUACAGUAAAUGUUCAAAUUGAUACCCAUUUACGGCAACGUUUUUCAACCGCGAGGCAUGCUAAGAGCUUCAAAUUCUUCUUUAAUUGCAGUUCGGAAGUCGGUAAGGGCGGGUGGUCCCCUCGCAAAAUCUCGGUCCUUGAGAAGGCACUACAGAGAGAAAUUACAGGGUGUCACGUCACAUCACCGUGCAAGCCACUCAACGAAUCUUUGUCUGUUUAUCCAUUAUCCAAAAGGAACAUCCCGCACACAUAAAUGAAGGAUGUUGACGAGUGUUGGAUCGCUGUCCACUUAUCCACGCAAAUCUUCGAGCAAUUCCAGAUAACUUUGGCCCUACACGUGACCCCCAAAAAAGUACGAACCCACGAGACCUCCAGCAUGGAUACCUGCCGAUUUUUUUUUUUUUCGAGAACGUUACCUGACUUAUGGCCGACCUCUGUAGUAUAGUUUUGUAGUAUGCCAACUUCACCUUUUAUCUUCAGCAAACUGUAACUAUAAGGGUAAAUAAACAAUAAAAAAGAAAAUUCGAUUUACAAUGUAUUAAUAUAAAUUUAAAACUCGGUUUUUCGUCAAAAAAACUGAAGUAAAUGGUGUUCAAAAAUCACUAAAGAUAUAUGUGCGGUCUCUUGUUGUUCUGAUAAAAAUCUAUAAUGUUCUAUUCACCGUAAACCGUUAAACAUUCCAAUUAUUUUUUCCAUAUAUUUAUAAACGAGGUGCGAACCUUGAAAUAUAUAUUUAAGAUCGAAAUAAUGCGUAGUUUAUUAAUGAAAAUGAUAAAAAUGUGAAUAUUAUAUCAUAGUAGUAAAAGUAAAAUGUUUUCAAACAACCCUUGUAAUAUGAGAAUUAGCUAAAUUCAUAUUAAGUGCAAUAAAUAGCACCAUCAUUUAGAAAGUUAAAUAAAAAAACUAGAGCCGGGAAAAAUCACCUAGGUUGGCAUCGUUGCAUAUUUUACCGCUCGCUUGACAACGUUGUAAAUAAAGUAUUAUACAUAAAAUAGUAAAAACAAUUUCUGAAUCAUUUGAUGAUAAUAGGCACUUUCAGUAAACCGCAGAAGGCUCAGUUAACUCUUCCUAGAAAAAGUUGAUCUGUUUAUUCUCAAUCAACUUGAACUACAAUGCAAUCCGUCCGUGGUAGUUGGAACAAAUUCGAACAAAAUGAUGAUUUUAUUAUGAUAUUUUUGUAAUCUAUUAAUAUUAAUUUAAUAAAGAACUGUUUUUAGUUGU